AUGACAGACCCAACCUCCUCAACCCAGCCCCAAGACCACACCCAAGACUCGGAUUCAACCCUCACCCCAGACCAACGCCAGAAAGAAGCUCUGGCAGCCUUCACAGCAACCCUCCACAGCGUAGGCACAAACCUCGAAGCCCCGCUCCGCGAGCGCGCAACAAUAAUAAACACCAACGCCCUCUCGCUCGAGCGCCAAGAAGCCGAGGCGGGCUUAAAGGAGAUUGGGGAUGUGCAGAAUUGGGCGGAGAUGAUUGAGAGGGAUUUGCUGGUUCUUGAGAGUAUGAUGGAUGAGGUUGAGGGGGUGGAUGAUAGUGCUAGUGAGGAGGAUGCGAGGAGUGUUAGGGAUGAGGAGAUGGAGGUUGAGAUAAAUGGGAAUGGGAAUGGGAAUGGCGUUCCGAAUGGGGAUGAAGUCCAGAAGAAGGAAAAGAGAAGGAGUUGGUUUUCUUGGUGGUGA